CUGUGUUUCUUGAAGACUGCCGGAAGGCAUGGGGAAAGGCGGUCCAAAGCUGGGUCGUGGGUGCUGACUGUUUCCUCACCCUUGGAUUCUUCUGUGACGAUUCAGGCAUGAUUACUUCGAUAUCUUUCACGGCGAACCUUAAUGGGUCUAUUCCUCAUAGCAUCUCCUCUCUCACUGCACUAACUUAUCUGUCUUUUUCAGACAACAAUGUGAUGGGCUCCAUUCCCAAUGGCAUCUCCGAGCUUUCUCAGCUCAUUUCUCUGGAUCUUUCAAACAACAAUUUGACGGGCUCCAUUCCCAGUGACAUUCGCUUGCUUUCUGAUCUCACUUAUCUGUCCCUUUCAAACAACAGGUUGACCGGCUCCAUCCCCAGCAACAACAUAUUCACAAACCCUCAUCUCUCUUAUCU